CGUGAGGCCCGGUUGGCCCCGGCCCCCCCUUCCGGCCGCCCCCGCCUCCCGGCCCACGCCCGCCCCGCGCUCGGCCCACCAGCGCCUCCACCGGGCAGGCGGCCCCGCGUCGACGUCGCCCGCUGCCUCGCUGCUGACUCCCGUCCCGGGCGCCGUCCGCGGGGUCGCGCUCCGCCGGGCCUGCGGAUUCCCCGCCGCCUCCUCUUUAUCUACCUCAACCCCCCAUCCCCGCUUCGCCCGAGGAGGCGGUUCCCCCCGCAGGCAGUCCGGCUCGCAGGCCGCCGGCGUUGUCACCCCCCGCGCUCCCCCCCCAGCCCUCCCCCCGGCGCGCAGCCUCGGGCCGCUCCCCUUCUACGCUGCGUCCCGAGCGGCCCCGGCGCCGCCACCGCCUGUCUCCCCCCGAGGCCCGGGCUUGCGACGGCUGAGGGCUCCGUCGCCCCAAACCGAGCUGGGUGCCCGCGGCCCGGGUGCAGCCUCCACUCCGCCCCGCAGUCACCUCCGCCCCCGGCCCCUAGACGUGGCGCCCUUCCCUUGGCUUCUCUGUGCUCCCCGCGCCCCUCUUGGCAUCUGGCCCCGGCCCCGCUCUUUCUCCCGCAAUCUUCCCUUCGCUCCCUCCCGUCCCCCCCAGCUCCCAGCCUCAGACUCCCUCCCCGCCUCACGCCCGCCCUCUCGCCUUCGCAGAACCAAAGUGGAUUAAUUACACGCUUUCUGUUUCUCUCCGUGCUGUUCUCUCCCGCUGUGAGCCUGCCCGCCUCUCGCUGUCCUCUCUCCCUCUCGCCCUGUCUUCGGCCCCCCCCUUUUCACGUUCACUCUGUCUCUCCCACUAUCUCUGCCCCCCUCUAUCCUUGAUACAACAGCUGACCUCAUUUCCCGAUACCUUUUCCCCCCCUAAAAGUACAACAUCUGGCCCGCCCCAGCCCGAAGACGGCCCGUCCUCCCUAGACGAUCAGACGAAUUCCUCCCCCCCAAAAAAAGCCAUCCCCCCGCUCUGCCCCGUCGCACAUUCGGCCUCCGCGACUCGGCCAGAGCGGCGCUGGCAGAGGAGUGUCCGGCAGGAGGGCCAACGCCCGCUGUUCGGUUUGCGACACGCAGCAGGGAGGUGGGCGGCAUUGUCGCCGGCUUCCAGGUACCAAUGGGAUUCCCAAUGGGGAAGUCGAUGCUGGUGCUUCUCACCUUCUUGGCCUUCGCCUCGUGCUGCAUUGCUGCUUACCGCCCCAGGGAGACCUUGUGUGGCGGGGAGCUGGUGGACACCCUCCAGUUCGUCUGUGGGGACCGCGGCUUCUACUUCAGCAGGCCCGCAAGCCGUGUGAGCCGUCGCAGCCGUGGCAUCGUGGAGGAGUGCUGCUUCCGCAGCUGCGACCUGGCCCUCCUGGAGACCUACUGUGCCACCCCCGCCAAGUCCGAGAGGGACGUGUCGACCUCUCCGACCGUGCUUCCGGACAACUUCCCCAGACACCCCGUGGGCAAGAUCUUCCAAUAUGACACCUGGAAGCAGUCCACCCAGCGCCUGCGCAGGACCCUGCCUGCCCUCCUGCACAACCGCCGGGGUCGUGUGCUCACCAAGGAGCUCGAGCUGUUCAAGGAGGCCAAGCGUCACCGUCCCCUGACCGCUCUGUCCACCCAAGACCCCACCCACGGGGGCGCCCCCCCAGAGAUGUCCAGCAAUCAGAAGUGAGAAAAACUGCCUGCCACGAGUCUGCGGCCCAGCACCACCACCUCCCUCCUGACCACGGGCGUUUCCAUCAGGUUCCAUCGCUAAAAUCUCUCGGUUCUACUUUCCCCCCGGGCUUCUCCUGACCCCAGCCCCCGUGCCCCGUCUCCCCAAAAACAGGCUACUCUCCUCUGCCCCCUCCAUCGGGCUGAGGAAAUACAGCAACAUCUUCAAAAAUGUACAAAAUUGAUUGGCUUUAAACAUUCUCUACGCCCCCACCAAAUUAUCCCCACACAUAAAAAAUCAAACAUCAAACUAACCCCUUCCCCCAACACACAACGGCCCUCUUAAAACUAAUUGGCUUUAUAGAAACACCAGAAAAGCUCAGAAAUUGGCUUUAAAAAACCCAACAACCAAAAAAAUCAAUAGGCAAA